GGGGGGGUGGGGGUGGGCAAUGUGAACAUGGUGGAAAUGAGCUUUUGAGCAGUCUGAGAAAAGGGCAGAAAAGGGUUUCUGCCGUGAGCAGGCAUCAUUACUUUCUCGGCUUGGGAGGGAUCAGGUUACAGCAUUUGGACAGAACCUCCUCCAACCUCCUCCUCUCCGAGGGUCUCUGCUAAAUCUGGGUGUUCUGCCUCUCUGGGGUCUUGCCUAGCGCUUGGCGUUCUCUCCAAAGACCUCUUAGUCCAUCAUCCUGGGCCAAGAGCAGCUUGGGUUUAUGGUGGAUACAUAGCUGGGCAGAGAGAGCGCAAGCCUGCCUUUUAUAGUCGCUGAUGAGCCUCCAUGCAUUCCUAACUCUGAACCCUCCUCUAAUUCUGAACAGAGCAGCAGCUUUCCUCCCUCCCUCCCUCCUUCCCUCCCAAACCGUUUCCUGCAAGGAAAUAGCAGCUGGGGUUGCUUGAGUGUGUCGCGACCACUGCUGCCUUUCGCAGACACCGGCAUGAACAUGAAAGCCGUGGUUGUUCUCCUGGUAUUGGCUCUGGCUACCAUUUUUGCUUUAGUUUGUGUCUUGAUGACCAGAAAGGAAAAAGUCGUUAGGUGUGGCGUCUCAGGGCUCCAGAAUUCUCCCGAAGGCACCAACAGAGAUCCGAGCGAGAUCUUUGCUGACCUGUCAGCCGCUGAGAUGGCCCAAGUGGUGAAAUACCUCAAGGAGAAUCUUGGCGUCCGCCUGGAAGAUGCAUCUCAGGCAAAGCCCUCCGAUAACUGCAUUUACUACUUGGAUACGUACUUCCCCUCUAAAGAAGUGGCUCUGGGCUUCCUGGACCAUGGAAGGGCUCAGCCCCACCGGGAGGCCUUGGCUGUGGUGUACUUUGGGAACCAGCCAGAUCCAAAUGUCACCGAAUUCGUGGUAGGCCCUCUUCCGAACCCAACGGGCCACCGUGACAUCACGCUGAAGAAAUUUGGCAGGAAGGUGCCGUAUCACAGCAGGCCGGUGACGGUGAAGGAGUACAAAGAUAUUGACAUCUUCAUUUUCCAGGAGCUCGAGGUGGCCAACAACUUCCUCAGAGAAUGUUGUGAGUAUAAUAGGAAUAACCUGGCUACUCUGACCACAGCUCCCCGAGGGUUUGAAUCUGGCGACCGAGCCACCUGGUUUGUCCUGUUCCACAAUGUCAAUGGCAGCGGGUACUACAUCCACCCCAUUGGCUUGGAGGUUUUGGUGGACCACCAGAGCCUGAACAUCUCUGAGUGGAAGGUGAAGAAAGUGUUCUACAACGGCCAGUAUUAUGAGAAUAUGGCCCACCUGGAGAAGGAGUUUAGAGAUGGGCGUGUGAAGGAGGUCAGAGUGAAGGCAGCCCACCUGAAGAACGAUUUUACUUCCAGGAAGCCUUCAGAAUCUUCUCCUCAUCCAGGCCCUUUGCAAUUUGAGCCCCUCGGGAUGCGCUACACCGUAGCCGGCAGCCAUGUUGUCUACCGGUCUUGGAGUUUUGCCUUUGGGAUGAACGUGAACACAGGGCCACGCCUCUUCAACAUCAGAUUUGGCGAGGAAAGGAUUGUCUACGAGUUGAGUCUGCAAGAAGCUCUUGCUACUUAUGGCUCCAACUGCCCCGGGGGAAUGGUGACUAGGUACAUGGACGGGGCCCUUGGCAUUGGGAAAUUUUCUUACGAAUUGGUUCGGGGAGUGGACUGCCCCUAUACGGCCACCUACGUGGACCGCCACUACUUGAUAGACUCUGACACCCCAAGACUGAACAAGAACUCUUUCUGCAUCUUUGAGCAUGACAUGGGCGUGCCUCUCCGGCGACAUUUUUCUGACAUGGGCUCCUUCUAUUACGGCGGGUUGAACAACUACGCUUUGGUCUUGAGAGCCGUCUCCACUCUCAUCAACUACGACUAUGUCUGGGAUUUUGUGUUCUACCAAAAUGGUGCUAUAGAAGUCAAGGUCCAUGCCACGGGAUACAUCAGCACAUCGUUCCUCACGGAAGGUGGCACUGCGUUUGGAAACAGGGUCGGGGAGCACACACUUGGAACCAUGCACAACCAUCUCAUGAACUACAAAGUCGACUUGGAUGUUGGAGGUAGGUGCCCCAGACUUCCCAAAACGUUACGUUCUGCCACCCUAACUGUGGAAACCGUAGCUGAAUUCUGAGAGGGGUUGCAGUUGGGGGUCCCCUGCCACCGGGCGUCCCACAACGAAUCUAGCUUCCCUCCAGGAAUCUCACAUUCUGCAUUUCAAGUAAUGUAAGGAUUUGUGUGACUGUUUAAAAAUUCCUUUUCCUAUUCAGUCUAUUUAUAGGGUUUGACGUACCAGAGCUAGACUAGUGGGUUAUAAAAGGGACACUGUGUGAACCUUCCCUUAUUUAGCACUCAGAAAACUAAACAUUUUAUUUUUUUGCUAGAACUUGGAAAAUGGCAUGUUGUUUUUUCUAACAAUUUCCUAACAAUUAGGCAUGUUUGCUUUUUUUUGCCACAACAGAUGGGUAAGAGUCUUGUGAGACAUUUGUGAUGUAUUUGUAUUUUGUUUAUUCUGGCUUAAAUUAUGAGUCAGGGAGGCUCCUUUAGGACCCUUGGUGAUGUCACUAGAAGUAUGAUGAGGUCUGAUUGGGGCAGGGAUUGGAAGAAGGAGAGUGGGUGGGAUCAGGGGCGUAGGAAGGGGGGCAGUGGGGCGGACCGCCCUGGGUGCCCUCACUGAGGGGGUGACAUUCGGUGCACCGUCUGCCUGCGACUCCCAAGCUUACCCCAAGCCGUCGGGGUAAGAGGGGAGCUGUGCCGCUUUGCCAGCAACAUUCCCCCCUUCCCCUUUUGUUUUGACAGCUUGGGGUAGGCUUGGGAGUCGUGGGUGGGCGGCACGCCGAAUGUCCACCCUGGCUGCAGGGUGCGUGCGCCGCUCUGGGCACCCGAGCAGCUAUCCCGCGCCCGGGAGGGCAUCCUCCGCACCACGCUCCCCCCUUGGGAGCACACCCGCCCUGGGCAGUGUGGGCAUAUGCUCCACCGCUGGGUGGGACCAAGGGGAAGACUGGCAAAGGUUAAAAUCUCAGCCAGAGAAUAACUUUUGGGGCUGCAAUGCCCACCUUGUACAGUAAGCAGUGCAAAUCUCCAAGCUUUGCAAUGCUAAGCCAAGGAUUGUGAAACUUGGAUCUAUCACAAGGUGAGGGAGAGAGAAUAAAGGAUCAGCACCCUUGGGAAGGUCAGCCACAAUUUCUGGCAUAAUGCUGUUCCCAAACUUGAAUGUGCUGUUUAGGGUCCCCUUAUUGGAUACUUGGGAACUGUGAUGUCUGACAUAAGGAGAUAAUUCUGUUAUUAACAGAAGUGUGCAAUCUGGGACGCGGGUGGCCCUGUGGGUUAAACCACAGAGCCUAGGACUUGCUGAUCAGAAGGCCAGCGAUUUGAAUCCCUCUGACAGGGUGAGCUCCCAUUGCUUGGUCCCUGCUCCUGCCAACCUAGCAGUUCGAAAGCACGUCAAAGUGCAAGUAGAUAAAUAGGUACUGCUCCAGCAGGAAGGUAAACGGCGUUUCCAUGCGCUGCUCUGGUUCGCCAGAAGCGGCUUAGUCAUGCUGGCCACAUGACCCGAAAGCUGUACGCCGGCUCCCUCAGCCAAUAAAGCGAGAUGAGAGCCGCAACCCCAGAGUUGUCCGCGACUGGACCUAAUGGUCAGGGGUCCCUUUACCUUUUACAAUCUGAAACAACAAAUAGUCUAUAAAAUGCAAUCCAUCAUCUCGAGGCAGAUUAAGAGAAUUGAAGGCAUCUGUUUCUGGAACACUGGUAACAUUCGGCUGACACACUGUUCCUUGUCUGGUUUUGUUCCCCUUUCCACCACUGCUCUCCCUGAUUGCCUCAGUGUGCCAUAAGCAGAGAUCAGGAGCCAGAAAAAUGCAGUCCAGAAUGGUGCAGGUAGGGCAGAAGCUCAACACGGCUUGAGCGAGGGAGCACAUGUUGCAAGGAAAGUAACGGGACUCAGAGAAAUGAAAUAACGGAACAUCUGAAAGUACUAGCAAAGAGCAGAAGCGAACCAGAAUCUUGGGCCAAGGGGAAGUAGCAGCUUGUAAAUUAUAUGAGCUGGAGAUGCUUCUGUUUCAUAAAACAGCGUUUAGGGAUUUACAGAUGCAUUGCAGAGAAAGAGAUGUCGAUGAAGCAGAGUUCUUUAAAUGGUUAUGUUGGAAUAGGGAAACUUUUCAGCCUGAGGCUCACAUUUCCUCAGGGGCAAACUUCCAGAAGUUGCCACGUUAGGAGUGGGCGGUGCGAUAAGCAAAAGUGGGUGGGACCAGGAAUGCGUACGGUAAGACUGAAGUCCAGCCACAAAGGAGUCAAAGGUUUCCACAUCCCACUCGCCCCCAUCUCCUCCUCUCUUCUCCAUCAGGAUAAGCAAGAGGCACAUUCCUGCCACAGAAAAGGGCUUGGGGGAUAGUGUGAGAGCAGAUCCAGUGAGAGGAGUGGCCUAGAGAAAGGGGGUGUGGCCUUGAUGGUGGGUGUGGCCUGGGAAGAAUAUCGAGGGUCGAAUAGAGAAGCCCUGCCCCUCUGGGUUGUAUGAUCGGGAUUAACUUCCGCAGCAGCAGGAAACUAUUGACAAGGUUGGGAAUGGCUUACCACUUGCUUGUAAUCUCACCCCAUUCCUCUUUGCACGUGGAAAUGGGGAGAUGCCGUUGUCUGGAGUCUUCGUUUGCUCAAACUCUGGUCCAAUAAGGAAUGUGGGGACAGCAGAAGAUCACGGGCUUUGUGUACACAGAGCUCCGUUUUGGGCUCCUCAGGUUGGGAAAGACUUUUGUUGGAGUUCCCCAGAGAGCUGCAUGCCAGACACCAAUCCUGAACAAGACAGUGUGGGAUGUAAUCCACUGGGAGCAGUCAAAUACAACAUUCCUUGUUUUGCUAGAGUGGACAUGCAAGGGAAUGUUUGGUCCAGCCAGUCGAAACUUCCUGUUCCUCCUGGCCUGGAGCAUCCUUCCUUGCAUGUGACUAAAAUGUGGGCGUGGCCUUACCUGACCUAACAAAAGGUCCAGUCACGUAGCUACCUCUCUCUUUUUGACCUUCCUGCAUCACCUGGACUCGACUGCUGCCUGCCAUGUCAUCUCCCAUAGGGGGUAAACCUGUCUGUACGUGCUUGUAACUUUAAGCCUAAAGCCUGCCUUCAGGGAUCACACUGUGCUCUGCCUGAUCGUAAGUAAAACUACUUUUUGUUCCUUAUGAAUAAACCUGUGGUGUCUUUAUCCUUUUAGGAGGGAUGCAAAGGAGACCUUACCAGGAACACACAAUUCAGUCUGAGCUAGAUUGAAUUGUAUAAGAGUAAAAGGCUCAGACAAGUCAGGAACUUGUUUUCCUGCUGUGUAAGAAGGGGAAUGCACUAUGCUACGAGAAGAAACUUGCUGGCACAAGUUAGGAAGGAUAUUAUUAAAUGAUACAUCCUCUCCUGCCACCCUCAACAUUCCCACAGAUGGACCAGGCAGAGUCCUCUGUUACUCCACCUUUAGAUAAAAGGCAAGGAGCCAGUCUUGUAAUGCCACCUGAAAAGGCAGUGAUGCCAUGGCAAUAUAGUCGCUGUAGUGUGUUUCUGUAUAUAAAGGGCAGAGUGAUACAGUACAUUGCUCACUUUCUCCUGGAAGAGAGGGAAAGCUAUGGUGAACCACUGAAAAAUGCUCAGAUCUGGAAAAUAUGGUCUCUUGUUUUCAAGCCUCCUGUUGGUUCAUUGUGCAAUUUAGGCUAAUAACUCCGGGCUUAUCCACACUCACCCUUUGACCUGCUCUUUCCUGUUCUGAUUAAGCUUUAAAGAGUGGGUUUUCAUGGGGAAAGCUCUGGAGCAAAAAACAGGGAGGGGGCGUUCAGAUAUGGUACUGUAAAGCUCUGACCGUGCCUUGAAAGUGUGGAAGAAAAUGUGGAUAAGUCCCCCGUCUCCUCUUUUUCUGUCCCUCUGUCUCUCUCAAACCCUUAGUUCUCCAUCUGUGCACAAGGAAUAAGACCUACUCUGCUGAUAAAAUAUGCACUGAUUCAUCAUUUCAUGCGGUGGCUGUAAGGAAACCAAAUUAGGAAGUCCACAAAGAAAUGCAAGCAAACGAAAAGAACAGUUCCCACAAUGGAAAUUAGGCAGGAGGGAGUUUCAUAGCUGCUGAUCAGCCGCGGGAAGCUCCCUUCCCGUUAGAAUUUGCCAAGGUGCCAAGCUGUUCUUGGCUGGUCUUAAAAGUUUGCAAUGAAACAUAAGACAGAUUGCCUCUGAGACGACCCUGUUAGUAAGUAGACCACCAUUAUCCCCAUCUGACGGGUGAAUAACUGGUGCUGAGAGAGAUGGGGAUUUGUGUAAUCCUACAUGAUGGGAGAUAAUUUGAGCCCACGCCUCCGAAAUACAAGGUGGAAGUUUCCUCCACAGGCCCAAGUUGGUGUUCAGAGGUGCCGUGUUGCGCCCAAGAUUGUGAGGGGCUGGCAUGCAUUUCACGCGUGUGAGAUUGCAUCGUCAGGAGGAGGCCAAGUGCCCAGCCCAGCAAGGCUACCUCUUUCUCACGCUCAGGAGGAGCCAGCCAUUGAACUGCACCACAUUCGCCCUUCUCCACCCCUUCAGCAUUGAGGGGGCCCAGUCCCCUGCCAGCUAAUAUUGAGGGGGCCAAAGACUCCUCCGCCCCUAGGAGUUGGUGCGCCUGUUAUCCCAGUGGCUGCAAGAAUCACAAAAUUGUAGCGUCGGAAGGGAUGGUGAGAGUAAUCUAGUCCAAACCCCUGCAAUGCAGCAAUCUUUUGCCCAAAGUGGUGCUUGAAGUUAUGGCGCUGAGGUUAACUCUCUCUCUCUCUCUUUCUCUCUGCUUUUCAAGUUUAAACAUUUCACUAAUUUUACAAUCAUUUUAACAUUUCAAAACUUGACUUCCUUCCCCCUCUUUCUGCAGUUUCUUAAAUUUAUCUUUGAUAUCUUCUGCCUAUCCAAAUUAACUUAAUUUCCUCAUUUGUUCAUCUUCUUUCAAGAUAUACUCUUAUGAAACUGCAGGUUAUUACAAUAAUCCUGCCAAUGUUCUUAUCUGUUUACAAUUUGUCUGUAAAUAAUCAAUAAACCAUUUCCAUUCUUUUAUAAAAAGUUCGUUAUCUUGAUUUCUUAUUUCGCCAUCUCUUCAUAUUCCAUAAGUUUUUGUAUCCGUUCUUCCUUUGCUGGGAUUUCUUCUUCUUCUUUCCAUUUUGGGGCGCGUAACAUUCUUGCCGCUGCAGUUGCAUACACGAAUAAGUUUCUGUACGGUUCGGGUGGUUCUGUCCCUAUAAUUCCCAGGCGAGAUGAACAGUCUCGUGCUCUACCAACAAUCUUGCUUUGUUGAGGGAUUGUCUCUAGGGACCGAAAUGGGAAAUCCUUCUCUCUUAUUCUCUGCUUUCGUCAGGGAUCAAGAACUCCCUGGUGGCUCUUGAUAUGGCGUUUGAGUCCGUGGCGGCCCCCUGGAGCCCAGAGCACCAGAUCCAACGGCCCGUUCUCACAACCCGGACCCUGGACAAGGAAGAAGACGCUGCCUUUCCACUGAACGGCAAAGUCCCCCGGUACCUGCACUUUGCCACCAGCCGGGAGAACCAGUGGAACCAUCAGCGAAGCUACCGCAUCCAGAUCACCAGCUUCGCUGGAGAACACUUACCUGAAGCUAGCACCAUGGAGAGGUCCAUUAGCUGGGGCAGGUAGGCAACAAGAACCAUGAUCUUUCUCUUUUUUUCUUAAUAUUAUUUAUACUUUUCAGGUACAGUGGUACCUCCGGUUGUUCCGGAGACCCGGCUGGAUCCCAAGGUUUUCCCAACCGGAGAGACCGCUUCUGCACGCGUGCGGGGCGGUAGAGCGCUUCUGCGCAUGCGCAGAAGUGGUCUACCGCUUCAAUGCAUGCGCGCACAGCAAAACACCAGAAAUAUAAUUCCAGGUUUGCCGCUUACGUAUCCCGAAGUUUAUGUAACUGGAGGGAUAUGUAAGCGGAGGUACGACUGUUUAUACAUUUCACUGAUUUUACAAUCAUUUUGACAUUUUUAAACUUGACUUCCUUCCCCCCUCUUUCUGCAAUUCCUUAAAUUUAUUUUUAAUAUCUUCUGCUUAUCCAACUUAACUUAACUUACUCAUUUAUUUAUCUUAUAUGUAUAUGUAUAUACUCUUAUGUAUCUGCAGGUUAUUACAUUAACCCUGCCAAUGUUUUUAUCUGUUUACAAUUUAUCUAUAAAUAUUCAGUAAACCGUUUCCAUUCUUUUAUAAAAAGUUUGUUAUCUUGAUUUCUUAUUCUUCUGGUAAGUUACGCCAUUUCUGCACAUUCCAUAAGUUUUUGUAUCCGUUCUUCCUUUGCUGGGACUUCUUCUUUCCAUUUUUGGGCAGGUAACAUUCUUGCUGCUGUAGUUGCAUACAUGAAUAAGUUUCUAUACAAUUUAGGUAGUCCUAUCCCUAUAGUUCCCAAGAGAAAGGCUUCUGGGUUUUUUUUACAAACGUUACUUUAAACAUCCUUUUCAUUUCAUUGUAUAUCAUUUCUCAGUUAGCUUUAACCUUAACAAGACCACCGCAUAUGAUAAAAAGAACCUUCUUCCUCUUUACUUUUCCAACACUUAUUUGAUUUAGUUUUAUACAUUUUUGCCAGUUUACUCAGUGUUAGAUAGCAUUGAUAAAUCAUUUUAAUAUAAUUUUCUCUUAAACUGUAAAAUGCUGGAAAUUUUAUAUCCCUAUUCCACAAUGGUUCCCAUGCUUCCAUGUCUAUAUUAUGACCAAUAUCUAUUGCCCCAAACAGCAAUCCAUGUCCUGUUUGUGUUUCAGAUAAAUGCCACCCUGUUUCAUUUUUUAAAAUACUGAUUUUUCUUAAAUUUUCAAAGCUUUAAACAAAUUUAUCAUUCACUGAUAUUUUUCUUGUUGACUUCCCACCCUUCCUGCACUGAUUUUUUUUUCUUAUCCUUGGUUGCUGCAUAAUAAAGGUAAAGGUAAAGGGACCCCUGUCUGGUAAAGGUCCAGUCAUGACCGACUCUGGGGUUGCGGCGCUCAUCUCGCUUUAUUGGCCGAGGGAGCCGGCGUACAGCUUCCGGGUCAUGUGGCCAGCAUGACUAAGCCACUUCUGGCGAACCAGAGCAGCGCAUGGAAACGCUGUUUACCUUCCCGCUGGAGCGGUACCUAUUUAUCUACUUGCACUUUGACAUGCUUUUGAACUGAUAGGUUGGCAGGAGCAGGGACCGAGCAACAGGAGCUCACCCCGUUGCGGGGAUUCGAACUGCCGACCUUCUGAUCGGCAAGCCCUAGGCUCUGUGGUUUAACCCACAGCGCCACCCUGCAUAAUACUUGUUUCUAAAUCCCCCCAACUCCAGCUUAUCAUUCAUUUUUUCUCCCCCUCGCUCAUAACUCAGAAUCCUGCUCGCGAUUUCAUAUCGCUAAAAUACUUUGACAGAUAGCCCCCCCCCCCCAAAAAGGCCUCUACUUUUCCAUAAGCAGUUCAUCAUUUUGAUCUCUUGGUUUUACGGUCGAUGUUGCCAUUUCAGCAUAGUCCGUUGAUUUUUAUAAGCCAUUCUUCUUUGGUUGGAAUCUCUUCCUCUUCCAUUUCUGUACAUAUAAAAGCUCCAGCUGUCGUCGUUGCAUGCAUAAAAAGAUAAGUCAGCUUCUUUGGAACUUCCGUCCCAAUUAUCCCUAGCAAAAAAGGCUUAGGGGUUUUUUUGGGGGGGGGAUCACCAAUUUAAACAUCUUUUUUAAUUCAUUAUCCACCCUGUUUCAUUUUGAGGGUCGUUCCUGGGUCAAUUCAGUGCUGCUAAAGGGGACGUGGGUGGCGCUGUGGGUAAAACCUCAGCGCCUAGGACUUGCCGAUCGCAUGGUGGGCAGUUCGAAUCCCCGCGGCGGGGUGCGCUCCCGUUGUUCGGUCCCAGCGCCUGCCAACCUAGCAGUUCGAAAGCACCCCCGGGUGCAAGUAGAUAAAUAGGGACCGCUUACCAGCAGGAAGGUAAACAGCAUUCUGUGUGCUGCGCUGGCUCGCCAGAUGCAGCUUUGUCACGCUGGCCACGUGACCCGGAAGUGUCUGCGGACAGCGCUGGCUCCCAGCCUAUAGAGUGAGAUGAGCGGACAACCCUAGAGUCUGGCAAGACUGGCCCGUACGGGCAGGGGUACCUUUACCUUUAAUGCAGCAAAAACCGUUUGGGAGGCAGCAGUUAUGAGUCACCGGUCUCUGCAGCCACGGCAGGCGCUGUGAUUCCCCAGCAGUUUGAGUUCAACCCUGGAAGUGCACCCCUGGAGGGCUGUAGCUCAGUGAUAGAUAGAUAUACUUUAUUCGCAUUAGCCAACGGCCAUAGCAACAUAUAACAAGCAAUAUAUACAAUUUAAAAGACAACAAUGGGUGAAAAGGACAGUCAAAUGACCAAGAUUAUUGUUCAGAUAGUGGCCCUUAAUCUCAUUGCACCCUUGAUAAACCUAGCAACCUUUGCUGUUGUCUGAUCAUCUUGAUCUGAUAAAAGAAAGAACAAUGUGGGGUGGUAAGUAAGAGUGGGGUGAUGAUCUCAUUCCUCAGAUCUUUAUAAAGGGGGCUGCUUCUAUCUGCGGUUUUUAGAGAUGCCCUGGAGGGGCUCUGGUGGGGUACGGCCAUGGAUGUCUGUAGCUCAGUGGUGGAGCAUCUGCUUUGGGUACAGAAUGCUCCCCUCGGGCUGGGAAUGUCCACUGUCUGAAACCUUUGAGCGCUGAGUGCAGACAAUACUGAUCUAGACAGGCCAGUGGUGUGACUCACUAUACGGCAGUUGGGAUGGGUGGUAGCCAUCUUGCCACGGACUAUCAUAUUCUAAGUAGAAGACGGCACUGCUAGGAAUAAAGACAAAGAACUUGCCUUUUGCCUCUGCUUUCAUCCUCUCAACCAUUUCCCCCGUUAUCCGUAUCCUUCAGGUACAAGCUGGCUGUUACCAAGCGGAAAGAGGAGGAACUGAUCAGCACGUGCAUUUAUAAUCAGAAUGAUCCUUGGGAUCCACUGGUGGUCUUUGCUGAUUUCAUAGACAACGAGACCAUCGUCAACGAGGUGAGUGCUGCGAUCCUAGAAUUGCACAAGGGACCGUGAGAAUGAUUUGGACCAGUGUUUCCUCAAACUUGGGCCCCCAACUGUUGUUGUACUACAACUCCCAUCAUCCCUAACUUGCAAGAGCGGUAGUCAGGGAUGAUGGGAAUUGUAGUCCAACAACAGCUGGGGACCCAAGUUUGAGGAAACACUGAUCUGGCCCAACUCCCUGCAGUGGAGGAAUCUUUCACCCAACAUGACCCUAAGAUCAAGAGUCUCGUGGUCUACCGACUAAGCUAUCCUGAAUUAUUGCUUCCUGAGGAAGAGGGACAGAGGUCCGUUAGAGAUGGAGAAAGCCUUAAAGGAGGAAGGGUAAAGGAGAUGUACCAGUAAUAAUGAUAAUGGUCUAAAUGUUGUGAGUCUGGCAUACUCAAAGAACAUAUGGCCUUAGAUCUAGGUGAUGCUCUGCCUAGGAUACUAUUACCGUAUUUUUCGCUCUAUAAGACGUACCAGACCACAAGACGCACCUAGUUUUUGGAGGAGGAAAACAAGAAAAAAUAUAUUCUGAAUCUCAGAAGCCAGAACAGCAAGAGGGAUCACUGUGCAGCGAAAGCAGCAAUCCCUCUUGCUGUUCUGGCUUCAGCGAUAGCUGUGCAGCCUGCAUUCACUCCAUAAGACGCACACACAUUUCUCCUUACUUUUUAGGAGGGAAAAAGUGAGUCAUAGAGCAAAAAAUACGGUAUGUUGCAGGGUUAUUUACAAGGAGCUAAGCCUCUUUGGUGGGGACUUCAUUCCUGUGGAACUUCUUGCCUAAGGGGGCUUUCAGACAGUACAGGAGAGGCAUGAAGAGGGCAGAGCAAAAGCAGCCACACCGGCAUAGUCUCAGAUUGGUUGGGGAAAACUCUGGUGAGGAGGAGACUUAGGCAGCUAUGGGAAGGCGGGGACCUUCAGACUCUGCAAGACCUUGUUGCUGCGCUCAUUAGGCCUGGCACUUGUGAGCCGAUUCUGUUUCCUCUAAGAGUUAAGUUCACUUACCUGGUGUGAUUUAUUGCUGGCUUGCUCCUGACCCCUGAGUUCAGUUAUGCUUCUGAUAGAUAAAUGGCCCACAAUUUGGCCACAGACCAUCUAGGAUGGUUGAGCAUCAUCUACAUCAGGGAUGGCGAACCCAGAUAUUGCAUAACUCCAGCUCCUAUCAUUCCCAACCUCUGGCCAUACUACCUGGGGCUGAUAGGAACCCGGCAACCUCUGCAGGGCCACCGAGUCUCCAUCUCUGAUCUACAUGCAGCCUGUUCUCGACUGGCCCACCCAACUACAGGGGAUACAAAUCCUGUUUCAACACACUGAGAACUGGGAAAAUUGAAAUUGAAAAAAAUUGAAAUACUUUAUUGUCACUUGUACAACUUCUAUACAGUGAGAUUACACGAGCACCCCCCACUCAGCUCUCUUAGUCUUAAUUCCCCUCGUUUACUGACGCACACCCACCAAACUCAAAAGUCAGUUGCCCUGUUGUUGUCUUUUCAUUCAGCAGCCUAACAGCCCACGGAUAGAAGCUGUUCUUUACCCUGUUGGUGCGACGAAUCCUGCUUCUAUAUCUUCUGCCUGAGGGCAGGAGAUCAAGAAAGUGUCAGCCAGGAUGUGAAUCAUCCCUGAGAAUUUUCCUCACUCUCCUGAGGCAACGUUCUUCCGCUAUUUCAUCCAGCAGAUUCACGAGACAGCCCAUAAUAUCUUGUGCUGUAUUCACCACCCUCUGUAGGCACUUCCUAUCAGUUGACGUCAAACCAGUGUACCACACCGUGAUGCAGUAUGAAAGGACACUUUCUAUUGUUGACCGGUAGAAGGAGAUCAUCAAAUGUUGAUUGAUUCUUUCGCAAUAUUCUGAGGAGAUGGAGUCUCUGUUGGGCUUUCUUAACCACCUGGGUUGUAUUUAUUUUCCAAGUAAGGUCUUCACUGAGAUAAACUCCUAGGAAUUUAAAGGAAGAGCCAGUGUGGUGUAGUGGUUAAGAGUGGUAGUCUCGUAAUCUGGGGAACCGGGUAUGAGUCUCCGCUCCUCCACAUGCAGCUGCUGGGUAACCUUGGACUAGUCACACUUUUCUGAAGUCUCUCAGCCCCACUCACCUCACAGAGUGUUUGUUGUGGGGGAGGAAGGGAAAGGAGAAUGUUAGCUGCUUUGAGACUCCUUAAAGGGAGUGAAAGGCAGGAUUUCAAAUCCAAACUCUUCUUCUUCUUCUUCUUCUCCACACAGCCCUCCCCGAUGUACAGUGGGGCUAGUUCUCUUCUCCUCCGAAAGUCCAACACCAUCUCCUUUGCCUUGCUGAUAUUAAGGUGCAAGUUGUUCCCUAGGCACCAUGUAGAUAUUUUUUGGACUUCCCCUCUAUACGCUGAUUCGUCUCCACCUGUUAUUAAACCCAUUAUGGUGGUGUCAUCUGCAGACUUAAUAAUUGCCGUAGACGGGUCAGAUGAUACACAGUCGUAUGUAUACAAUGAAUACAGGUAGGGACUUAGCACACAUCCCUGUGGUGUGCCAGUGCUGAUUUUUAAGGAAUUAGAUGUUACAUGUCCAAUCCUCACUGAAAAGAAUUGAAGUUCUCUUCCAUGACCAUAUUAGUGAGGAAAACGUCUUCCACUCGUGACAAACAGGCCUGUUGUUGUGUUUCCUGCUGCUUUUCCCCCCAGGACCUUGUGGCUUGGAUCUCCACUGGCUUCUUUCAUGUGCCGCACGCUGAGGACAUCCCCAACACCGUGACGAUCGGCAAUGGGGUGGGCUUCAUCCUUCGGCCUUACAACUUCUUCAACGAUGAUCCCUCCAGCAGGUCCCCGGACGGCGUCUACUUCACAUUGGACCAAGAUGCUAGCCAAUGCGACAUUAACCCAGUCGCUUGCUUGCCCGAGAGAGCUUCAUGUUCCCCCAACCUACCUCCGUUCACCUUCAGUGGCUUCCAGAACUUUACGAGUCCUUGACACGAAGAAAGACUCUGCAUUCCCCUCCCCGCCCCAUCUCAGUUUGCCCAAACAUGCCUGUUUCAGCUGAAUAACGACACUGUGGAGCCCUAGCAACGUCUGACUUGAAUACUGCCUGCUCUCCAUAUUCCUUCCAUCUACUCCUUCGCUUGUUGCUGCCUUGUCAGUGUUAUCAGUUUGGUGUUGGGGAGGAUUUUUCCUGGUUUCCUCCAGGGGUGGAGAACCGGGUUUCCUCCAGGUGCUGCUAGACUACAACUCCCAUCAUCCAUGCUCACAGGGGCUGAUGGGAGUCGGAGUCCAGCAACCUGGCAGCAGCCCCUAGAUCAGCUGAGAGACGAGACAGGCUGCAGGAUCACUCUGCUGGCGCAGAUGUGCUGUUUCCUCUUUUUUGAUCUUUUUUUUUACCCCUGCUGGUCGUUAGGCGAACGUGUCACUUGAGUUUGCUUAUUUCCUCCUCCCUCCCAAUCGGUUUUCCUCUUGUGUUGUGCCAUUUUAGAUUGUAAGCCCGAGGGCUGGCCCAUGACAUUUUGGCACCUGAGGCGGACCCCAAAAUAGCGCCUCUCCCUGCCAGGGAAUAAGAGGGUCCGGGAAGAUCUACAUCAGGGAUAAGGGGUUAGGGAGAAAGAUUGACAUGGGGAUCUGCUGCUGCGGGUGGAACUCGGGGCAGGAAUUGACUCCCUCUUUUUUGUAGUGAUUUGCAAUAUGCUUUGGGAGGCAUAUUUGGUUUAAGAACGGGAUAAAUCUUUAAAUUCGGGAUGGCUAAUAUUUUUUUGACCCAAGGGGUACAUUCACCCUUGACCAGUCCUUUACACUGGGUGCAUGCCAGUGGCAGGUGUGGUCAAAAUUGGGGGUGGCUCCCCCAUAGUCUCUCCCGCUUACAUGUAAACACAGAGGACACAAACAUACAGCUACUAUUGGCCUCAUGCUUCUCACCUGACUCACUUUGGUGAAUGGGAGUUAUUGCCCUUUUCCAUUCAUCCAGUGAUUGACCUGAUGACUGAGGGGAAGGUGAUCUGCAUCCUCAUCAGGCAGGGAUGGAGAAAAAAAUUGAUAAGAGUCUGCGCUGAAAACUAAAUCGAGCAAAAGUGCCCUUUCCAAAACAAUAUUCCAGCUGAAACAGAGUUAUCUUUCAAAAUUCAAACUUUCCUGAAUUUUGUGAAGCCAUUCCCCAAGGAAACAAUGUGGGUUUUUUUAUUUUAAAAAUGCAUGUAUUAGAGGAAAGGGUGCAUCAAAAUGAAGUUUGUGACAGUAACAUACUGAAAUGAAUUCUAUUAGGGGAAACGGCUCGCAAAAAUGUGUGCAUUACUCAAAACUGAGCUUAUUAGGAGAAAUUUGCACUAAGACGCUGGCGAUGUUUUGCAAACUGCUUCAAAAGGUGGAGAGCUACGAUAAGAUAAUCUUUAUUGUCAUUGUCCCAUACAGAACAACGAAAUUGAAAAAAUCUACAUAAGACAUUCAAAAACCAACAAGCCUGCUAUCCCAACCUGGUUAGCCCCCUAAAAACUCUGAUACCCCAUUUUUAAAUACAAUAUACUUCCAUAGAGACUCCUUACACUGCAUUUAAAACCAAAAUCGCAUUUGGAUAGAAACUGUUUCUCAGGCGGCUAGUCCUGUACCUUCUUCCAGAAGGCAGAAGCUGAAAGAGAAAGUUAGUUAAAGAGAAAGCUGAAGUUAAAGUUAGAAAAAUUAGAAAUGGAGGGAAUCCCAGAAUUGAAUAAUCCUUCCAUCAGACCACACUGGGCCCCACCCAACCCAACGAUAUGCAUACUACGUCUACUUUCAUUUUCCUUCGCUUUUUGCCACUGCUGCCAAAAUUGAUGACGUCCAGGGGAAGCAGAAACAUUGGUUUGUGGGCUAUAUCAGCCCCUGAAUGGGGGGUGGCAGGGGUGACUUAACCCUGCUUCAAAUAAAUAAAUGCCAUCUGAAGGAACACAGGUUACUCCAACCCUCUCUUAGGCUGACUGAGUGGAGAAUUUCUGGGUUUACCAGAUAGUCAAUGAGAUACUUCACACAACUGUUUUCCCUGUGAUGGCUUAUAUAGGAAAGCAACUAUGCUCUGGUUUUCUUAGGAUGUAGAGCAGUCGUGUCACCUACCCUAGAGACAGAGGACGCAGACACCAUCAUACACGAGCUCAGAAUGGAAACAGAGAUAAUAAUCUGGCCACAGAAUGCCUUGCUGUAUGACUACUCCACUUGCGACAGGAAUUUCUGCAGCAUCCGCCACCCUGGUACAAGCUUGUAAAUUUCCCUUUGCCGUGAGCAGAUGGUUCGCGGCUUGUUUCAGCGUUAAGUGAAAUAAAUGGGUUUGUGUGUUUUCAGUAGGGCCA